CCUAACUCUUGUAUUUUUAAAGGCGAAACACUGUAAAUUGAUUUUAUUAUUAUGUAUUAUGUAUUGUGUCACUUGAAGUGACUGUUGUACCUUUUUAAAUAUAAUUUCAAUCUUUAAUAACCUCCUAUACUCUUCAACUUCUAUUUAGAUUUGUUAACAGGGAUAUCGUCGUUGUUAACCAUGAAGUCUCUUCAUUUCAUUCUACAACUAUUAUUCGCGUUAUGUUGCUUCAACAGCAUCAUUUUUGCUUUCCCUCAUCAAUUUGAAAACGCCAAGGUUUUACGUGUCAUUGACAUUAAUAAUGCCAUUGCUCGUGAAGAAGUUGGUAUUCGAGCUAGAAAUGUUGAUAAUAAGGUAGCUCAAGAUUAUUAUUUCUAUUUACCUUCUUUUGUUGCUCAAAAGUCUGCAACCAUCUCGGCAUUUUUAAAAAAAGAAAAAACACCUUUGAAACUUGAUUUUUAUAAAUUGGAUGAACAAAGUGAUUUGAAUGUUUACAAAAUUCAUUUAGAUAAGCCUGUUCAACCUCAACAAGAUGUACUCAUUGGUAUCAAGAUUGCAUAUACACACCUCAUUAAACCUAUGCCUGCCAAGUUACCUCAAGUAGCACGUCAACAUACAUCGUUUGCUUUCAAUACUUAUCUUAUUUCUCCUUAUACUACUAAGGAAACUAAAACAACUCUCCAAACUCCUUCGAAGAAUAUAAUCAGUCAUACAGGUGGUCAAGGCAAAACAACAGUCAAUAAUAACAAGAUUGUAUAUGGUCCAUAUACAAAUAUAAGUCCAAUGUCGUUUGAUUUAGCAACUUGUCAUUUUGAAAACACAAAGCCCUUAUUAACAGUAACCUCACUUAAACGUGAUAUUGAAGUAUCACAUUGGAGUCAAAAUCUAGCUGUUGAAGAGCAUUAUGCUUUACGUAAUGAUGGUGCACAACUUGAACAAAGCUUUAGUCGUAUUCAAUAUCAAAUGUCAAGUCAUAUUCAUGACCAAACCAAUGUCUUGAAAGGACUUUCAUUUGAUUUACCUGUGAGUGCUCGUGAUGUUUACUUUCGUGAUGAAGUUGGUAAUGUCUCUACUUCGCACUUUAGAGUACAAAAUGACAAGGCUCUUUUGGAAAUUCAACCUCGUUAUCCACUUUUUGGUGGUUGGAAUUACACAUGGUAUCAUGGAUAUAAUGCAGAUCUUGCAUCCUAUGUGCAUUCUGAUAAAGGCAAAUAUAUGUUGAAAGUUAAUUUUGUUGAGAAUGUUAAAAAUAUGGUGAUUGAUAAAGCUACUGUUCGUGUUAUUUUACCCGAAGGAUCAAGUCAUAUCAAAGUCACAACUCCCUUUGAUGUUGAUUCAGAAUCAACUACUUUUUAUUUUACUUAUUUUGAUUCUACAGGACGAACAAUGGUGGUAUUGGAAAAGAAUAAUGUUAUUAAGGACCACGAGUUACCUAUACUGAUUGAAUAUGAAUAUACUACUUCUCGUCUUUUACAAAAACCUUUAGUUACUUCUUUUGCUAUUUUCUUAUUAUUUGUUAUUAGUAUCAUAAUUGGUAAAAUGUCAUUUACUAUCGGUAAAGAAGAGAAAUCCGCACUUAAGAAAGAAUAGAUUACAUAAUGUUGUGUAACACAUGUAUAUCAACAAAAAUAUAAUAAAAAAGAAAAAGAACCCUUAAAAUUUUCUAUUUGAC